AUGAAGCAUUUCAGCGCCGCCGCUUUGUCUCUGGCAUUAUUGGAGGUUGCGCAAGCUGUCCGCUUCCUAGGCCGUGUUAAUCCGGCCACGAGGGAGCUGACAUGGGCGGGCACUGGAGUGGCCUUUAGCUUCAGUGGAUCUUCAGCAACAAUCGGCUUUGAGUCUGUGACUGGUGCAAACAGCGUCCUGCUUACUGUCGAUGGAAAGUCCACUGUCAUUGCGAAUGUCAACACCUCAAGUAUUUCUACGCCAGCCGGAUUGGCCAACGGCCACCAUACUGUUUUCCUACGAAAGCGGUCAGAAGCACUAUUCGGGAGCAUCUUUGUCGGAAACGUCACGACCGAUGGCUCCUUUGGAAAAGAUCCCAGAUCCCACCGAAAAAUCGAAUUUAUUGGGGACUCCAUCACAGUCGGCUAUGGCAUGGAUGGCGUUCUUCCUUGCACCAAUACCGCUGAACUCGAAGACAACCCCAAUACAUAUGCUGUGUUGGCGGCCAAUUCUUUGAAAGCCGACUACGACAUUGUCGCCUGGAGCGGCAUAGGCCUCGUACGAAACACUGCCUACGGGUCCCCUGGCGGCCCAACAAUGACGAGUCGUUGGACCAAAUACGGUGCCCAGGACGCCGACAACAGUUAUACCUUUCCCUCGAAAGAAACGCCCGACGCCGUUGUCAUCGCUCUCGGCACUAACGACUUCAGUGUUGACAACAACAACCGCCCGAUUCUUGACGUCGGUAAUUUCACGUCGGCAACAGUGUCUUUCAUCCGCACCGUCCAGACGCAUUAUCCCAAGGCGCAAUUCUUCCUGGUCACGUCUCCCAUGCUCGGCGAUGGUUACCCUGCAGGAGAAGCACAGCACACUGCGCAAACAAAGGCUUUCACUGAUGCGGCUGCCCGGUUGAACGGCACGAAGGUCCAUGUUGUGGAUUGGCCGACACAGGGAUCGGAUGUCGGAUGUGACUACCAUCCCAACAUUGCUACUAAUGCAGCGGAGGCGCCAAUUCUGGCAUCCGCAAUUGCAGAAGCGCUUGGAUGGUGAUGUCAGGGUCGAAGAAGAGU